AUGGUGGCCGGCUCCAGGUCGUCAUUGAGGCGUCCUACGUUACGAGGUCACAAGUCAACCAGGUCGAGCAGUCCGCCGAACGACGACACGCCACUUCUGCUCCCGCAGUCCGAUGAGAGUGCGAUUGCACCCCGAUCAAAGCGCGCCCGUACCUCUACACUCUCGGGACAGGAGCCAGAUCUGAAAAGACGUCGUCUCUCGACUCACAAGGGCGAGGUACAACGAUUACGUAUCCCGUUACGGAGUCGAGGGGGAGUAUCUAAAGUCGUCUCACCACCUUCGGGCGUUGCUCCGGACGCGUCGCUACCUAAGCUCGCUGUAAACACAUCACCAACCGCGAGACCCCUCGACUCGCCCAGCGGCAAACCACAAUAUGAUCAGAUCAAGAUCAUCGAAGAAAGAGCCAAAGCCGCGGUUCGAGAAGGGUCAUUGUCGACGCCUCAGGCUGAACGACGAAAGCUGCGCUCUGAAGAUGGAGGGUCUCGUGCCAAAACCGAGUUGGCACAAUACUUCCCGGACUUCGAGGAGAUGCUCAGUCUGAAGCCUCCCGAUCCAGAAAUCUUGACCGUACGUUCGAAAAUCGUCCUCGUUGACGACACACCUGAUUUUCAACCAAACCCUCCCAGAACAGACCCAUUUGGUGCGCAGAAAGCGCUGCACAAUACUCAAGUCGUCCAGCUCGAUCGUCGCUCUAUCUCAAUAGGAGAUGCUUCUCAUGACCCUUUGGGCGAGGAGGUUUACUCGAGAAUACAUGCCAAAGCUGAGCGGCAUGAAAAACAGAUGAAGAACAGCGACAGAGAGCGGGCGCAACAUGAAAAGUACCAGUUGGAGAAACUACUGGACGAUCUCCGUGGACCGGACUGGCUCAAGACUCUGGGAAUCAGCGGCGUGACUGAUACAGAGAAGAAACGAUACGAACCCAAGCGGUUGCUGUUCAUACGGGAGACGCAAGCGCUCAUCGACAAGUUCAAACGAUGGAAGGAAGAAGAGAAGCGCAGAAAGCUGGAGAAAGAGCAGGCGCUCCUGGAACAGGCUAUGGAAGACGAGGAGGAUGUUGAGACUUCUUCGUCAGACGAGCAGGCGAGCGUCGUCAGUGAUGAGUCUGAGUCGACUGAGGCGCCCAACUCCAGCGAGAUCGAUGCACUUGCCUCGCAACAACUCAUCGAGGAGGCGAAGAUUGCCAACAAACGGAAGAAACCCGCCGCCCCGCCGGUAGCAGAACCUGCUCCUCCUAAACCUUUUGUGUCCUUCUUCGAAAAGAGGCAUCUUCGGGAUGCUGCCGUUGCCGGUCGCCAAAGAGGCCGUACUGUUCUGGCCUUCGGGCAUCCCGUGCCUGAGUUUACCGAGAAGGACUUCGAACCGCCGGAUGACAUCCUUACCGAAGAGGCAAUCAGAGUGAGCCAACGCUCUCGCAGACGAAUGCGGAGGGGGAGUGGAUGA